AUGUAUAGCAGCGACGUCUCGGGGACGUAUGUGUUCUUACUGGUGUGUAACAACACACCAAAAGGAAAAACAUUAUCUAUAAAGUGUUACAGUUUUACUUCAGGCAGAAUUAAGAACAAAAUCUGUCUCUGUGUCUGUCCAGAUGACACGCCGGUGGCCUCGGCCAAAGCAGGUCCUGCUGACGGUUCGGGAGACGUGGACGAGGAGGGGAAUGCCCACAACGGACGCCUGAGGGCGGUGAUUAUCGGAGAACAGGAGCAUCGUAUUGACAUGCAGGUCAUCAGACCCUACCUCCGAGUCAUCCCACACGGAGGUUAUUAUGGCGAGGGCCUUAAUGCCAUCAUUGUUUUCUCUGCUUGUUACCUGCCUGACAGCAGCUGUCCAGACUAUCACUACAUCAUGGAGAACCUAUUCCUGUUUGUGGUGAGCAGUCUGGAGAUGCUAGUGGCUGAAGAUUACUUGAUCAUCUACAUGAACGGAGCCACUCCUCGGAGUAAAAUGCCUGGGAUCAGCUGGCUCAAGAAAUGUUACCAAAUGAUUGACAGAAGAUUGAGGAAGAACCUGAAGUCUUUGGUCAUUGCUCAUCCUACGUGGUUCAUACGCACCGUCCUGGCAAUAUCCAGACCCUU